AUGGAAAGAUCUAAACCACGAGUACGAGUAGCACCAAUGAAUGUACCAUUUGAACGAAGAAGACAAACCGCCGCCGUAUUCAUAUGGCUCGCGUCUUUACCCUUCACCUUAUUUGUCACCAGAAAAUGGUGGACGUCGCGUAGAAUUUAUGCGAAGACUACCCUUUUGGAAAUGCAAGCUGAUUUAGAUCCGACAAAGAAUUAUGUAUUUGGUUAUCAUCCACACGGGGUUAUUUCAGUAGGAGCAUGGACAAAUUUUGCCACCGAAGCAAACAACUGUUCGAAAUUAUUUCCCGGAAUUAAGUUCCAUUUGUUGACAUUAGCCUCGAAUUUCAAUAUCCCAUUAUAUCGCGACUAUAUAAUGGCACAAGGAUGCGCGUCAGUCUCCCGACAAUCGUGUGAAAAUAUAUUGAAAGGUGGGCCGGGCAGUUCAAUUAUUAUUGUAGUCGGUGGUGCUGGUGAGAGUUUAAACGCACAUCCUGGUCAUUAUGACUUAACGUUAAAAAAACGAUUGGGCUUUAUCAAGUUGGCCAUUCGUAAUGGUGCCUCCCUUUGUCCUAUUUUCUCCUUUGGUGAGAAUGAUAUCUGGGAACAAGUUCCAAAUGAUCAAGGAACGCCAGUUUGGAAACUACAGAAACACAUGCAAAAAAUGUUAGGAUUCACUCUUCCACUAUUUCAUGGUCGUGGAGUAUUUAACUAUGAUAUCGGUAUGAUGCCACAUAGAAGACCUAUAGUGACAAUCGUUGGUAAGCCGAUUCCAGUCGAGCAAAAUGAUAAUCCUACGGAGGAAGAGAUUUUAUCAUAUCAGAAAAAAUAUAUCGAAGAACUUUAUGACAUUUGGAAUAAGUAUUGCGACGUUCAUGUCUCACAGAUAUUACCUGAUCCCGAAAUAAAUCCUGAAGAAUACACUUCGAUUUUACCUUGA